AUGAAGUUCUUCGGUGCUGCCUUCAUCUGUCUCGUUUCUGUGUCAGCCGCGUUCGCUCUAUCAAACAGGAUGUUGACAUUGCCCCCGAGUCCUGGAGGUUUGUCGCCCUCGAAGUUAGCUAGUGGCCUGAAGCCUCAGGUCCUAGCGCCUAUCGAUGUGUCAAAGGCCAAAGAACAGGCAGACAUGUGCAGGGCGGCCAUCCAAGAUCCCGCGGACAACAUGCAGACUUUCGCGGUGGGGCAGUAUGAGAAUGCGGACAAACCAAUGGCGAUGCGCUAUGGAGAAUGUGUGCCUUUACGCGACGAGUCUGGUAACCCGAUUGCGACGACCAGGUUCUGCCAGCCUUCGUCGUGCACCAUAUACAGGGAUCGCGAGUGUAAGGAUCGUGUUCUCACUUUGCCGCCUCAGACGACCGCCGGAUGGACUAUGGAAUCCCCCGCGUUCAAUUUUGCGGAUGCGACUGGGUUGCUUGGGGAGAGCUCCUCUUGCACCCCGGCUGUUGUUUGA